AUGAAGAAGGGAAAACGUUCAUUUCCAAAACGUCAAAGCUAUGCUACAUUGUCAAAUCCAGCAAGUACUAAAGAAUUCACUAUAUCCGAUGGUGAUCACUCAGCAGAUAGCACCAAUGAACUCUCUGCAUAUGAAGUUCUGCUGCGCAAAAAAAAUGCGAAAGGUGGUAUUAAAUCCAAUUUGGAUAAAGAAAAAGCGAAAGGAACUGAUCUAGAUGACAAGACAGAGGACUAUAGACCAUGUUUUAUGAAGAGAGAUGGAAAUGUAUUGGGGCCGAAUCCUUCCUCUAAAAGGGCUGGUGAAUCCGGUGAAGAAGUGGCCGAAAUGAAUGAAACUGGAAAAAAAGAAAGAUCAAUAAGGGACGAAACUGGAAAGGAAAUUAGUCGAAAACGCAAAUCAGUUGAUAAAGGAGAACUAAAUGAUUCAGCUAAAACCCGAAGGCCGACACAUUCAAACAACAGUGUCUUCAGUUCAUUAUUUACGAAAUGUGACGGUUCGAAAGAUAUGCAGGAUUUACUGAAGCAAAACAUGUCUGACAAAACUCUGCAAAGUUUUAGGAAAAAAGGAAAGAGGAAAAUGCAAAAGGAGGUUCAGAAAAUAAUUCGUAAUGGGAAAAUUGUCGAUUAUUUGAGUGAAGAAGAGGGAUCACAAAAGACUGGAGUCGAUUCAAAAGAUGAAAAUUUCUUCGAAACUAACGAGAUUAGUGAAAAAAACAUGGGGAAUGGAGAAGAGGACGAUGAUGUGAGAAUUUGCUCUUCGUUUAUGGAUUAUGAACAAGGGAGAGCUGUAAAGGAUACGCUUUGUGAGCGUUUUAUAAAAUUUUGCGGAAAAAAGGAUGACGAUGUUCAUGGCGUAAUAAUAGAUUUUGAACGGAAGCCUUUCUCAGCUCACUGUGAUUCGGUACAAAAUGGAUUAAAUGCUCUCCAAUGGCUUAUCGAUCCCUGUGAUAUAACACAGUUUUUCAAAAUGGUAUUCCAAAAGAAAGUAUUUCAUGUCCGUCAUAAUAACCCGAGUUACUAUGGCAAUUUAUUUAGCACAGCAAAAUUUAUCGACAUUCUGCAAACGGAUUACGUUGAAUAUGGUACCAAUGUGAAUAUUGCUGUUUACAAGAAUCAAGAGAGGUCGACUUUAAACGGUUCUGGGAAGGUCUAUCCUCAAGAAAUACAAAAAAACAUUAAGGCUGGCUGUUCAAUACAGUUUACAAAUCCUCAAAGCUUCUGUGACAAUGUUUGGUACUACUGCGAUUUAUUACAGGAAGUAUUUGGCUGUUUUGUAGGAGCUAACACUUAUAUAACCCCCGCAAACACGGCUGGUUUCGCUCCUCAUUGGGACGACAUCGAUGCUUUCUUGCUUCAGCUAGAAGGACGAAAACAUUGGAAGAUAUAUGCACAUACUGACGAUAACGAAAUGCUUCCUCGACUAUCUAGCGAUAAUUUUACGGACGAUGAUGUUGCUGAUCGUAGGCUUGUUUUUGAUGACUGGCUGGAACAAGGCGACAUGUUAUAUAUUCCACGAGGUUUCAUCCACCAGGGUUUCGCAGACAAAGACGUUCAUUCGUUACAUCUCACUGUCAGUGUUUGCCGCAAUGUGACGUAUGCUGAUCUUCUGGAACGUAUCAUUCCCCUUGCAAUAUCUAAUUUUGCUGAGCAACAUGUAAACAUUCGCAGAUCACUACCAGCUGGUUAUUUAGAUAUGACGGGUGUACUGGAAUGCGACUAUCCACUAUUCAAAACUGGUGCUGUGAAGUUACAUCGCUUUCUUGAUGCUGUAUUUUCAAAUUUCUGCAAAUACGUUAAAGAGUUGUAUGAACCAGCUGUCGAUAUGAUGGCCAGAGAAUUUAUGAAGACAGCACUGCCACCUGUGUUGACCAAAGAGGAGAAAGAUAUGACAGUGUUAUGCAUUGCUGAUGGAUCGUUAUAUGGUGAUAACCAACAUAUCUUCACGAAGGAUACACCAAUCAAGCUUUUAAGAAGACAUGGCCAAAGACUUAUUUAUGAGUCGGAAGAGCGUUGCUUUAUUGUACAUCGCAUGGCGAAUUCGAGAGUUUAUGAAGAAAGAGCAGAAACUUUGUUUGAUCUAGACGUGGAACUUACAGAAGGAUUUGCAAAUUUACUGAAUGUAUAUCCACAGUGGUGCUUAGUAUCGGAUUUGAAAUGUAAUACUGUAGCCGAUAAUAUCAGAUUGGCAGAACUUCUAUAUAGCAAUGGACUGCUUAUGGCUAAAUUUCCAAAAAUUGUGGAAUGA